CCGAACAGGAAGUAGAUGACAGGAGGACCGGGCGCCCGUACGCACAGGAAUAGCGGCGAGGGGCCUUUUUUCUUGCAAUGUUAUUGACUCUACUCCCGCAGAAUACACAGCUGAAAGGUCCACACUUUGCUCUGAGAGCCAAAAGCACUUCCGUGGGAGCCGGCGCUACAGAAGGAAACGCGUCUUAAGGAAAUAAUAGGCCGUAGAUACGCGCAGCUAGCUCCCGGGGCCGGUUCGUCUUGCCUGCGCUCUGAGCUGAGGCCGUCGCUUGAUUCUAGUAAAUAAACAAGCCGUCGCACGGGACUGCGAUGCUGCAAAGGCCCUUUAACCAACUCGUUAAAGCCGCGGCCCUACACUGGAAAGGUGACUCGCUCUCCCUCAGGUGCUCCGGCUGAGCGCAGGCCACGCCCCCUUUCUGGAUCCGCCCCCCGAGCGCGAGCGCCAUGUCGGAGGCCAUCGCGGCGUUCCAGGCGCAGCUCUCCGGCCUCAUGGAGACCGUUUUCAAGGCGGCCAUGUACGAGAUCGUGCGCCUGGUGGAGGACAGCUUCGUGGAGGAGGUGUCCCGCAGCAGGGAGCAGGUGGAGGCGCUCCGGAAGCGGCUGCAGUGGGCCGAGGGCCGGCGGCGCGAGGCGGCGCGGUGCGCGCAGUGCGGCAGGGCGACGGUGUGGGGUCCCGAGCACGGUGGUCCUGAGGGGCGUGGCCUGAAGCAGGAGGGCGGUCCCGAGGGCAGGUGGAGCAGCUGUCCCAGGGAGGAGGGGGAUCCCGCUGCCGCCAAGGGCCCGGAGGAGGCGACUGCACCCAGUGCGGUUAAGGCACUGGAGCCUGCAGGUGCGAAGGACAGAGAGCGAGAUGCAACACUGAAAGAGGAGACGCGGGAAGAAGUGCUGUGCGGCGUCCGUCUCCAGGGCCCCUCGAAGCCCCGAGUGGAAGGUGCUGAGGAGCCCGAUUCUGUCCAUGUCCAGAGGAAGGAUGGUGAGGCCCAGUGGGACUGCAUGGAGGGGCUGGACAGGGCUACCCAGGGUGUGGGGGAAACCAGUCUGCUGUCCACACCACAGGAGGCCCACGGACACGCCGCUAAGGCACUCAGCCUGGUAGGACCUCAGCAGUGCACCGGAGGCUCUGAAAUGGACAAGACAGCUGGUGGAUUGAGGACGGCUUUUGCCCAGGCGGUUGGGGGUCCAAGGGGUGUGUCCCAGGUGAAGCUUCAGCUGGUUGCAGAGUGCCUGUCCACUUCCAGAUCUCUAGAUUGUAAACCGCAGAGCGACUCUGACGGACCUGCUACCAUCAAGCAGGAGGAUGUGCAGCUGGCAGAGUGGGGCAGGGACACCAGGCCAGAGGAUGCGUUUGUCCAGGAAGUGACUGCAGAGACCACCCAAACUGAGACAGAGGUGGACUUGUCUUCCUCAGAACAUGUGAGCAGGGUUCUGGGCACACGCUCCAAGUGGGAGGAGCCUCCGCUGCAGACUGGGGGUCAGAGACACCCUCUGCUAGGAGACCCCGUGGCGGUGAGGCGGGGUGCGGAGAGAACCACGGUAGAGUUGCCCGCCGAUGGUGCUGGUGGUCUGUAUGGGAAGAGUAGCCAGGGCCCCGCGAGGGUCUGCACCACAGAGAAACCUCCUGGUUCCACCCACUUUGGGCGGAGCUUCGCUCAGGUGCUCGGUGUGAAAGCGGUGUCGAAACAGCCCCCCCACAGCUGCGUCCAGUGCGGCAAAAGCUUCUCGCACUCGUGUCAUCUGAAGGCCCACCAGCAGAUCCACACGGGCGAGAGGCCGUUCGUGUGCACGCUCUGUGGGCGGAGCUUCACUAAGCUGAGCAACCUGAAGGCGCACCGGCGUGUGCACACAGGGGAGCGGCCCUACAUGUGCAUGGACUGCGGCAAGCGCUUCACGCAGAAGUGCAACCUCAAGAGGCACCAGCGCAUCCACGCGGCCGAGAGACUCUUCACCUCUGCAGGACCCGACCCCCCUGAGCGCCACGGGAGGACCCGAGGGCGUCGGCAGCGCGAGAGCUCCAGUCCCCCGAGCGUCCCGCUGGAAAGCUCUACCGCGGCCGAGUGCCAUGAGCCGGGACAGGUGAGGGUGGACGUUGCUCCCGUGUGCCACACUUAAUAAAGCAAA